AUGGCGAGCGGCGCGCAGUCAUUCUACGAGCUCUACCGUAGGAGCAGUAUCGGGCUCGCCCUGACUGACACGCUGGAUGACCUGAUCAGCGAGGAGCGCAUUCACCCGCAGUUGGCGAUGAAGAUCUUGAGCAACUUUGACCAGGCUAUUACCGAGGCGCUUCAAAAGAACGUCAAGAGCCGGCUUCAGUUCAAGGGAAGCCUGGAUACAUAUCGAUUCUGCGACGAAGUGUGGACUUUCCUGAUCAAGAACGUGACAUUCAAGAUGGACAAUGGCAACGUCUCUGUUCAAGCCGACAAGGUCAAGAUUGUUAGCUGCAAUGCCAAGAGACCUGGCGAGGGACAGUAA